CGUCUCGUCGUUCUCUGGCCCAGUCGAGUUGAGUUUUCACGGCGUGGUCAACAGUGUGCGUUAUUGGUUCCUGAUUCUGCGGUUCUCCAAUCCUUUUUGUUCCAAUCCAACUGAAAAAAAAAAUCAAAAGUUCAUACUGUUAAGCGGCAAAAACAACAAUAGCGAAGGUGAAUAAGGCAUAAUAAACAACACACGCAACUGAAUGGUUGUGGGUGUGCGAGUGUGUGUAUGCGCGUGUGAAGGAGCCUUUUAGUAAACACUCACACACUUGUGUAUUUUUUUUUCUGUGAGCCACAAGAUAUUUGAGUGCAUUUUUUGCCAUUUGCCUUGCCAACCCCUCUCCCCCGCACGCAUUUAAAAGAGAAAGAGAGGGAGGGAAAAAAGGAGCCCACGAAGAAAAGCAACAACUAUUAAACAGGCUCCUCAUCGUAUAAAAGCAGCGCAGCCGCCGUCGACGUCAACUGCAGUGGGCCAACGUCGUUGCAGUCGUGUCGUUAGUUUUUGUUCUUGUUGCAGCAUCAAAGACAGAAGUAGAGAGAGCGAGCGAAACAGCCGGAGAGACAAAAAAAAAGCACUUAGACAAAAAAGAAGCCACGCACCUGGUGCCAGAGUACAAAACCCAAACAUCUACAAUAUCCGAGCUGUGCAUUCCAAGGGGAUAACGAGGAACGUAUAUCGAGAGUUUGAGAACAUCGUCAGCAUGGACGUGGAAUCGAAUAACAAACGCGCCACCAACGGCGGCCGUCAGUUCACCCCACCGUCGGACUCCGAUUCCAAGGAGAGUUCCGUCGAGCGUGAGCUGAACGGAGAGAUCGAGGCGGUGGAGCUAAAUGGGAGUGGCAGUGGCGGCCACUCGAACGGGCAUGUUAAGAAGCUGCUGGCUGUCGAGGAUGGCAGGAUUAAGCGUAAGGCCAAGCGGCUCAUCCAAAGACAGAAUAGUGGUUCCGGCGGCAGUGCCAAUCAAACCAAUGGCAAUGGAGCUGCUGUCGCUGGUGGAGCAAGUGUAACGGCGCUGGGAAUCAACAGAAUUAUGCCGUCGCCCGGUGGCUAUGUGGUGCCACAUCGACGCUGGAAGAACAGCCGACGUUCGCGAACCCUGAAUCGUGGUCGCGGACUACCCAAAAAGGGUGGUGGUGGCGGCAAGGGCGUCUGGGGAUUGCCCGGUUCCGAGGCUCUGGCCGAGGUCUAUGAGGACGAGAAUGAUCCUAACUACGAUAGUGAGUGCAACGAUCGUAAUGUGGAGCUGCGCGAGGUGAUCACUGAGAUAACACCCGAGGAGUUCUUUAAGCUGGCGGAGCCCAUUGUCUUGGAGUACUACGAGCACGGGGAUCCGCACGAGGUGGCACUGAGCUUUGAUGAGAUACUGCAGGCUCCGAUGCGCGAGCACGUCACCAGCAUUCUCGUGGAGAUCGCCAUGGAUCACAAGGAUUCGCAGCGUGAGAUGACCUCGGUGCUGAUCUCCGAUCUCUAUGGACGCGUUAUUACCGGCAAGGAUAUUGAGAAGGGCUUCAACAUGCUGUUGGCCAAUCUGCCGGAUCUCGUCCUGGACACUCCAGAGGCGCCAAUCAUGCUCGGCAACUUUAUGGCCCGCGCCGUGGCCGAUGACUGCAUUCCGCCCAAGUUUGUGGCCAAGACGGGUGAGGAGCUAAGACGUUUGGGACUGGGCGAACAUGCCGAACAGGCCCUCCGCCGUGCUGACUCGCUUAUCUACAAGCAUGUGUGGGCCCAUUUGGACAAUGUCUGGGGCAUGGGUGGCCCACUGCGUCCCGUGAAGACGAUCACCAUGCAGAUGGAGCUGCUGCUCAAGGAGUACUUAUCCUCGCGCGACGUGGCCGAGGCACAGCGCUGCCUGCGUGCCCUCGAGGUGCCACACUAUCAUCACGAGCUCGUCUACGAGGCGAUUGUCAUGACACUGGAGUCACUUAGCCAGACCACCGAGGAGGCCAUGUGCGAGCUGCUCAAGCAGCUAGAUCUCACCUGCCUGGUGCUGCCCGCGGGCAUGGAGCAGGGUUUCUUGCGCGCCUUCGACGACAUGGCCGACAUCGUUUUGGAUGUGCCCCUGGCCUAUAUAAUACUCGAUCGCUUCGUCGAGCGCUGCAAUCGCGCCGGAUUCCUAACCGACAAGAUUAUAAACAAUGUGCCAUCGCGCGGACGCAAGCGUUUCGUUUCGGAGGGAGACGGCGGCCACGUGAAGCCGACUACCUUCACCAUGCGUGAUUAAAUCAUGGGGACAACGGGGACGUUAUAUGCUGCACAUGCUUAUAUGACAACUGCCCCCAGAGCCACCCACUGACAACUAGAGGAGCAACAAGAGAGAAGCAAACAUUAAACAAAAAACACCAAAUUACAAAAAAAAAAGAAAAUUCAUACGAACGCAAAGAGUAAAUACAACAUUUAUAAGAAACAAAAGACGAUAUGAAGAAUUUGUCGCAAACUUGAUAAAAAGAACUUAUCCUCAGAAUCCAGAUAAGGUCAACACACAAAAGAAAAAACAAGCAAAAAAAAAAAAAAAGAACAAAAAAAUGCAAA